AUGACAAUUUUUUUAAACAGACAACAAUAUUAUCUUUUUUUACUUAUAAUCUCAUGUUAUUUAUUUCUAUUCGUCAAUGCUGAUAAUGAUACUGAUCAUCAUUCCAAUGAGACAAUUGAAGAAUUUAAUACAACUUUUAUUAGUCUAACAACAAUCGAUAAUAAAUUGGAUAAUAAUAAAAAUGUUUUAAUUCUAAUCGAUGAUGUGUCAUCAUCUGCAACAUUCACUGAUUCUACUUUAUUGUCAACAUCAGUCUCAUUAGAAACAAUAACUGAUGGUAAUUUAGCAGAAUCAAAUACAACUUUUAACGAAGACAACGAUUUAACAACAAUAAAAUUGACACAAAUUAAUGAAACACGAGAUGCUUCGACAAUAAAAAGUGAAGUACAGACUACAAUUGCUGCGAAUACAUCUUGUGUAUUAUCUAAACAUAACAUCACAGAAAAAAAUGGUACAACUAUUACAGGAUGUAAUAAUGCAACUAUGAAUGUUUCAAUUUCAAGUAGCACAGUAACAUUUAACAAUGAGACAGAACUUAUUAGUACAAUCGAUAAUGGCAAUAUGACUAUGACAACAGAAAAAAAUGAUGCUUCAUCUGAAACAUCGACUGAAAAUACUACUUUCAUUACAAAUGAAAAUACUGCGACUGAGUCUGAUAUGAAUAGUUCUACAACGCAAGAAUUAGAAAAUACUACUACAGAAGAAUCAACAAUCACUACAACAACAGAAGAGUCAGAAAUUACUACGACAACAGAAGAAUUAGAAAUUACUACGACAACAGAAGAAUCAGAAAUUACUACGACUACAGAAGAGUCAGCAAGUACUACAACCAAAAACUUAGAAAAUACUACAACAAAAUUAAUUGAAACUACCACUCAAACUUAUACAAAAUCUGUAAAAUCUAUGUCAUGUGUUGAUAGUGAAUUUGAAUGUUGUCCUAAUGGAAAAACAUUAGCAAAAGGACCUCGAUUUGAAGGAUGUAAUACAACAGAAAAAUGGAUCUCACCAAUGACAAAACAAUCAUUACAAACUGUAUGUGAAUUGGAAAAAGAAGCUGGUAGUUGUAGUAAAUAUGUUAAUAUGUGGGCAUAUGAUCGUCAACAAGGUAAAUGUAUAAGAUUUUGGUAUGGAAGUUGUGAAGGAAAUGGAAAUCGAUUUGAAACUGACCAACAAUGUCAAGAAACAUGUAUUAGUCCAAAAGGAAUCGAAGUUUGUUUAUUACCAAAAAUAACUGGACCAUGUCAUGCAGCGAGUAAUCGUUAUUAUUAUGAUCGAGAUAAAAAAGAAUGUCAACUCUUUCAUUAUGGUGGUUGUAAUGGUAAUGCAAAUAAUUAUGAAUCUAUUGAAAAAUGUCAAUCAACAUGUGUCAAAGAAACUGUUGAUCAAUGUACUCAACCUAUUGAAGUGGGUCCAUGUCAAGGAGAAUUUAUUCGAUUUUAUUAUGAUAUAAUAACUGGACAAUGUCGAUCAUUUGUAUAUGGUGGUUGUAAAAAGAAUAAAAAUAAUUUUCUAACAUUAAAAGAUUGUUUAAAAACAUGUGUUGAACCGAGACAAAAAGAUAUUUGUUUGCAACCAAAAGUUAUCGGUACAUGUCAAGAACGUCGACCAACUUGGUAUUUCAAUAUGAUUGAACGUGAAUGUAAAUUAUUUCAAUAUUCAGGUUGUAAAGGAAAUCAUAAUCAAUUUUCUACGAAAGAAGAAUGUAAUCUCUCAUGUUCAUCAUUAAAAACAUCGAAAACAUUAACAAAUGAUAUAAAAGCUGUUUGUCAUUUACCAAUGGUACGUGGUAAUUGUGAUCAACAAAUAUCUCGUUGGUAUUAUAAUCCAGCUGAUCAAUAUUGUCAUUCAUUUCAAUAUACUGGAUGUCAUGGUAAUGCUAAUUCAUUUGAAACUGAACAAGAUUGUCGAAUAAUUUGUCAAGCAAAAGAAAAAGAUAUUUGUACACUUGAAAAAGAUUCUGGUUCAUGUGAUCAAUAUAAAAUCAUGUGGUAUUAUGAUGUAUUAAGUGGACAAUGUAAAAAUUUUUAUUAUGGUUCAUGUGGUGGAAAUGCAAAUCGUUUUAUAACUGAACAAGAAUGUCAAUUACGUUGUUUAAUUAAAACUGGAAAUUCUAGUUGUUUUCAACAAGUUGAUCAAGGUUAUAUUUGUAAUGGUACAAAAUUAGAUAAAAAUACGACAAAAAAACCACUAUUAAAAUUUUUUUAUGAUCAACAAUUAAAAAAAUGUUCAUCUUUUCUUUAUCAUGGUUGUGGAGGUAAUGAAAAUCGAUUUGAUGAAGAAAAUCAAUGUGUGGAAAAAUGUGCUAGUGAAAUAACAAGUAGUCAACAAGGUUGUGGAUCAAAUAUGAUUCGUUGUAAUAUUCAAUGUCGAUUUGGUUUUGAAAGAGAUCCAAAUGGUUGUGAAAUAUGUCGUUGUUUUGAACCUUGUCAACGACAACAAUGUCCAAAUGGUUAUGAAUGUAUUAUUAUUCCUGAACAAACUCAAUGUUUACAAGCACCAUGUCCUGUACCAAGAGUUGAAUGUCAACCAAUUAGUCCUGAUCAAAUGGCUCGUUCAAAUGGAGGUAUUAAACCAAUAAUCGAAAAUUCUAUUACAAAUAUAUUUUCACAUUUUGAUGCUAAUGUAACAAUACCAUGUGUUUUACGACAAGGUUAUCCAACACCAGUUAUUUAUUGGUAUAAAGAACGACAACAAUUACAAGUACAUGAUGCAAUGAGUAGUGGUAUUAUAGUACGAAAAAUUGAACGAUUAUCAGAUCAAUCAUUAUUAAUAAGAAAAGUAACACUUGAAGAUCAAGGUCUUUAUACAUGUAGAGCAAUUAAUGAUUUUGGACAAGAUAUAAAAGAUGUACAACUUGAAAUUUUCGAUUCAAUUAAAGUUGAUAUCUAUCCCAUUAAUCGAAUUUAUCAACUUGGUUUUACAGCUAAACUUCAAUGUCGUGCAACAGGUUAUCCAUUACCACGUAUAACUUGGAUGCGUAAUAAUGUACCAUUACUCAAUACAACUCGUAUAACACUUCAAAUUGAUGGAUCAUUAAUUAUUCAUCCAUAUAAACGAGAAGAUGCAGGUCCUUAUGUAUGUAAUGCAACAAAUAAAAAAGAAAGUGUAACACAAGUUGCAUAUUUAGAAGUCAAAGAAACACGUAUUGAACCAAUUUGUGAAGAUCAACCAACAUUUGCUAAUUGUGAACUUGUUCUUCGACAUAAUUUUUGUGAUGUAUACUUUGAUUAUUGUUGUCGUACAUGUUCUCAACAUACACAAUAUUCAUUCGAAAAAUCGAUUAAACCACGAAAUCGUCGACAUGUGUUUUUUUAA